GGGAUUCUUGAGCUGUGCCCAGCUGACGAGCUUUUGAAGAUGGCACAAUAACUGUCCAGUGAUGCCUGACCAUGACAGCACAGCCCUCUUAAGCCGGCAAACCAAGAGGAGAAGGGUUGACAUUGGAGUGAAAAGGACAGUAGGGACAGCAUCUGCAUUUUUUGCUAAGGCAAGGGCAACAUUUUUCAGUGCCAUGAAUCCCCAAGGCUCAGAGCAGGAUGUUGAAUAUUCUGUGGUGCAACACGCAGAUGGGGAAAAGUCGAACGUACUCCGCAAGCUGCUGAAGAGGGCGAACUCGUAUGAAGAUGCCAUGAUGCCUUUUCCAGGAGCAACUAUAAUUUCCCAGCUGUUGAAAAAUAACAUGAACAAAAACGGUGGCACCGAGCCCAGUUUCCAAGCCAGCGGCCUCUCCAGCACAGGCUCCGAAGUACAUCAGGAGGAUAUAUGCAGCAACUCUUCAAGAGACAGCCCCCCAGAGUGUCUUUCCCCUUUUGGCAGGCCUACUAUGAGCCAGUUUGAUGUGGAUCGCUUAUGCGAUGAGCACCUGAGAGCAAAGCGCGCCCGGGUUGAGAAUAUCAUCCGGGGUAUGAGCCAUUCCCCCAGUGUGGCAUUAAGGGGCAAUGAAAAUGAAAGAGAGAUGGCCCCGCAGUCUGUUAGUCCCCGAGAAAGUUACAGAGAAAACAAACGCAAGCAGAAGCUGCCCCAGCAGCAGCAACAGAGUUUCCAGCAGCUGGUUUCAGCCCGAAAAGAACAGAAGCGAGAGGAGCGCCGACAGCUGAAACAGCAGCUGGAAGACAUGCAGAAGCAGCUGCGCCAGCUGCAGGAGAAGUUCUACCAGGUCUACGACAGCACCGACUCUGAAAAUGAUGAAGAUGGCGACCUGUCUGAAGACAGCAUGCGAUCGGAGAUCCUGGAUGCACGGGCCCAGGACUCGGUGGGGCGCUCAGACAAUGAGAUGUGUGAGCUGGACCCGGGGCAGUUCAUCGACAGGGCUCGAGCCCUGAUCAGGGAGCAGGAGAUGGCCGAGAACAAGCCGAAGCGAGAAGGCAGCAACAAAGAGAGAGACCACGGGCCAAACUCCUUGCAGCCAGAAGGCAAGCAUCUGGCAGAGACCUUAAAACAGGAGCUGAACACGGCCAUGUCACAGGUCGUGGACACGGUGGUCAAAGUCUUCUCAGCCAAACCCUCUCGCCAGGUUCCUCAGGUCUUCCCACCUCUCCAGAUCCCCCAGGCCAGAUUCGCAGUCAACGGGGAAAACCACAAUUUUCAUACGGCCAACCAGCGCCUGCAAUGCUUUGGUGACGUCAUCAUUCCGAACCCCCUGGACACCUUUGGCAAUGUGCAGAUGCCCAGUUCCACAGACCAGACGGAAGCACUUCCCCUGGUGGUCCGCAAAAACUCAUCCGAGCAAUCCGUCUCUGGCCCAGCCACUGGUGGCCACCACCAGCCCCUGCACCAGUCGCCUCUUUCCGCCACUGCUGGCUUCACCACCCCGAGCUUCCGCCAUCCCUUCCCCCUGCCCUUGAUGGCCUACCCAUUUCAGAGUCCACUAGGUGCUCCCUCCGGCUCCUUCUCGGGAAAAGACAGAGCCUCUCCCGAGUCCUUAGACUUGACGAGGGACACAACGAGUCUGAGGACCAAGAUGUCAUCCCAUCAUCUGAGCCACCACCCCUGUUCACCAGCACACCCACCCAGCACCGCAGAAGGACUCUCUUUGUCACUCAUAAAGUCUGAGUGUGGAGAUCUUCAAGAUAUGUCCGACAUCUCACCUUACUCGGGAAGCGCAAUGCAGGAAGGGUUGUCACCCAAUCACUUGAAAAAGGCAAAGCUCAUGUUCUUUUACACCCGUUACCCCAGCUCCAACAUGCUGAAGACCUACUUCUCUGAUGUAAAGUUCAACAGAUGCAUUACCUCCCAGCUCAUCAAGUGGUUCAGCAAUUUCCGUGAGUUUUACUAUAUUCAGAUGGAGAAGUAUGCGCGUCAAGCCAUCAAUGAUGGGGUCACCAGCACAGAAGAGCUGUCCAUCACCAGAGACUGUGAGCUGUACCGAGCCCUCAACAUGCACUACAACAAAGCAAAUGAUUUUGAGGUUCCAGAGAGAUUCCUAGAAGUUGCACAGAUCACAUUACGGGAGUUUUUCAAUGCCAUCAUCGCAGGCAAAGAUGUUGACCCUUCCUGGAAGAAGGCCAUCUACAAGGUCAUCUGCAAGCUGGAUAGUGAAGUUCCUGAGAUUUUCAAAUCCCCGAACUGCCUACAAGAACUCCUUCAUGAGUAGAGAUUGCAACACUCUUGAAUGUAUGAAUAGAAGUCCCCCUUGGAUGUCCAA